UGGAUGAGAAGAGAGACUGCGAAAGAAGAAGAAGAAGAAGAAGCGUCAUGGAAUCUAACGCUUUACAGCAAUACGGCGUGCUGUUUUACGGAGCUGCCUGGGUUCCGUACAAUCGCAUUAGAUCUAAGCUCCAAUCGAAAGAACAAAAACAUGAACAGGAUGGAUCCGAAGACGAAGCUCCAACCGCCUACAAAUCUGACGCAAUCUCCACCAAUCACUACUACGUCGUUUUGGUCGGCGGUGGCGGCGAAGGCAACAGUGGUAUCCCCAACGCUGUCGUCUUAUCUUGCUUCGAUUUCGCCUCCAAUUCCCUCUCCGAUCAACCUGUGGCUAAGUUUAUAACUGAUUCAGAUUUGCCGUAUCGAAUGGCAGUUCAUCCACGUGGAGAUGGCAUUAUUUGUGCAAUGCAAAAUAGUUGCAGAUUGUUUGAGUGGGACGAAGAGGAGAGUGACGAAGUCCAUAAACUGGGUGUAAAAGGUUCAGAGAAAGUGCUCAGCGAGUUAAAAAACGAGGGUUCUACUCUUGCUGCUGGUGGUGAGGGUAGGUACACACCCAAGAGCCUUGGAAUAUUUCUGCCUCAAAUUUCUGCUGUUGUUCUUUCUAUUAGGAAGGUUUUUUCUGUUGUUUAUUGGGUGCAGGAUGGAAAAUUACGGGUUUUAAAAUGGCCUAGCUUGGAAAUUGUUCUAAAUGAGUCUGAAGCUCAUACUUCUGUCAAGGACUUAACUUUCAGCCCUGAUGGAAAAUUUCUUGUCUCCUUGGGAAAGCGUGGCCCUGGUAGGGUUUGGGAUAUAACCUCUGCGUCUAUUGUAGCUUCUCUACCAACGGAAAAUGAUGAGGUUUUUUUCUCCUGUAGAUCCGCUCUAUCUAGUGAUGAGAAUUAUGUUCUUUUCAUUGCUGCAAUAACAGACACGGGUGGAAGUAUUUUGACAUGGAAUACAACCUCAUGGAAGAGGAUACGCUCAAAGCAAGUUGUCCAUCAGUCUGUUACUUCCUUCAAUGUUUCAGCCGAUAGCAAGCUCCUUGCAAUAGGAACAGAUAAAGGAGACAUUGCAAUUAUAAAUUCAAGCAAUAUGCAGGUUCAGACAAUGGUUAGAAAAGCACACCUUGGCUUUGUGACAGCUUUGGCAUUCUCUGAUGAUUCAAGGGCUUUACUUUCUGCAUCUAUGGACUCAAGUGCAAGGGUGACAUUAAUCGAGGACAAGAAGGAAAGCGUAGUGUCGGUUUCGGAGCUUGGUUGCAGUUAUGCUUGCACGAUCCUCAUUGAUGAUGGCAUCCCCAUCACUGUAGAGAAGAUUGUACAACUGGUGAAAGCAGCCAACGUUGAGGUUGAAUCAUACUGGCCUCCCUUAUUUGCUUCACUUGCUGGGAAGCAAAACCUCAAUGACAUUAUUUUGAAUGUUGUAUAUGCUGGUGGUGCUGCUGCUGCUGUUUCUGCCCUGACUGCACGUGCCAGUGGCCCCUCCAGCCGAGGAAAAGAAGGUUUCGGGAUGCUUUUUUAUAUAAAAAAGUGCAUUUGGUGAUGGACUCUUUGAAUACCAGCCUGGGGCCUUCUUGAAUGCA